AUGGGUGCUUUGCGCAAAGUCAAGAAUAAGCGUCGCACAAGAGACUACGACCAGGUCAUCGCCGAUAUCCAAUCACCCCGUCACCUGGAACUUUACAAGGAGUCUAAGGAUGUAGAGGAUCUACCAGGACUUGGACGGCAUUUCUGCACAGAAUGCUCCAAGUGGUUCGAAAGUGACUACAACUUGAAGGCGCACACCAAGGGCAAGAACCACAAGCGCAGGGUCAAGAUCUUGAAAGAAGAGCCUCACUCCCAAAAGAUCGCUGAGGCCGUUGUCGGCCUGGGUGUCGACAACUUCAAGCGCCCUGAAAAAGACACCGAGAUGCAGCUCUAA